AUGUGCGGUGACAACACUGAGGAAUCUUACAGAAAAAGGACACUGCCGGAUGCAACCAUCUUGAGCCAUGUUACAGAUGUACACUGUCAUCCGACAGACUCCCCCAUCUCGCAAGAACAGAUCGACAAGCUACCUAUCAACAUUUGCACCAUGGCUACUAGGCCAGCAGAUCAGCCUCUCGUCAAGAAACUAGCAGAGACAUGUCCCGAGAAGGUUCAACCAUGCUUUGGAUAUCAUCCAUGGUUCACCCACUGGAUAUCUCUUGACAGCACCCUAACGAAGGAAGCACACUUUACCAAGCUGCUCUUGGGCAAUCCCGAUCUCAAGGAGCCGCAAGAUUUCAAAGAUGACUUUAACAGGCUGCUUCCCUUGCUACCCGACCCAACACCGCUCGAGAGCAUUCUCUCGGACCUUCGUCGUAACCUCGAAGCGUUUCCGCACGCCAUGGUCGGCGAGGUGGGCAUUGACAAACAAGCACGCAUCGCCAUGGACUAUGAGGCAUAUCCGAGAGAGCUCACCCCGUUUACGAUUCCUAUGGAGCACCAGCUCGCGGUUCUGCGAGCGCAGCUGGACCUCGCCAUUGAACUCGGCCGGAACGUCAGCUUGCACAGCGUCAAGGCGCCAAAGCCGACGCUGGACCUGCUCGAUGGUCUGCAGGAGAAGUACAGUGACAGGUGGAGAAGGAUAAGUUUAGACCUUCACAGCUGUGGUUUCAGUCCCGAAACACUGAAGAGUAAAAAGCACCCCAACGUUUUCUUGUCGUUGUCUACAGCCAUCAAUGGGCGCUCUCCCAAUCACCGUGCACUCAUAGCAGCUUCGGCUCCUAACCGAAUUCUCGUCGAGUCCGAUAUCCACGAGAUUGACCAGUGCGCAUAUCGAACGUGGGACAUGGCUUGCACUGUGGCGGAGGUAAGAGGGUGGACAAUAGAGUCCAGCUGGGAAGAUAAUCUGCAAGAGAGCGAUUGGGGAGCUGUUCGGCGCCUGGAAGAGAACUGGAGGCUGUUCCGACAAGCAAGGCACGACGAAAAGUUGCCCAAGAAGAAACCACGGAAGAACACGGCCAAUAUUCAAGGUGGUCAAUCUGAAACCGUAUAAUAUCGCUAUUUCGUGAGGCCGAAAUACCACACACGCAAGCGUGGCGAAUAACAGUACAUAACUUUGUAUUCGUCCAAUUCUAG